AUGCUCUUCACCAGUCUGAUCGCCUCCGCCCUGGCCGUCGCGGCCACCGCUGCGCCCAACAGCGGCCUCACCAAGAGGCAGGCAAACACUUCGCCCAAUGUCACCCCUGAGCAAAUCGCUUUCGCCGUCGUGCAGGCCGACUGCGAUAUUUUGGAUUGCGUCGGCGUGGUUGCUGCCGCCGGCUGCAUCGCUGCUGGCAUUGCCACCGCCGACGUCCCAGCGGUUCUUGCCUGCGUCGUCGGAGGCGAAGGCGUGCUUUGCGACUGCGCUGCAUGCAUCGAUGCACUCAACGACUUCCUCACCGAUAACGGUCUUUGCACCUAA